AUGGCUGACCCACAACCACCAGCUCGCCCUAUUGGUGCUUAUGACCGCCCGACCAACAACGGUCAACUGUUAGGAAUCAGAGCACCAGCUGUGGCAGCAAACAACUUUGAGAUCAAGUCAGGGUUGCUGAACCAGAUUGAGAACAACAAGUUUCAUGGCCUGGCUGCAGAGAACCCAUUCGACCACUUGGACAGCUUUGAUAGAUAUUGUGGCCUAUCCAAAACCAAUGCUGAGUACAGGAAUGAGAUAUCUGGUUUCAAACAGAAGAACUUGGAGGGAUUCAGUGAAGCAUGGGAGAGGUUCAAUGGCUACCUAGCUCAGUGUCCACACCAUGAUUUCAACAAGGGAAGUUUGCUCAGUACACUCUAUAGAGGUGCUCUCCCUGAGUACAGAGCCAGAUUAGAUACUGCAAGCAAUGGGAACUUCUUGGACAGAACUGAGAGAGAAGCAGCGCAGCUGGUUGACAACAUGGUUAAGAGUGAUGCAGUCUACAGUGGAGAUCAUGACAGAGCCAAUAUGACAGAUGACAAGCAAACAAGAAGGGAGUUGAAAGCUCUACAGGAUAAGAUUGACAUCCUCAUUGCUGAUAAAGCUACUCAAGAGCAGGUUCACUUUAUUGGUAACCCACAUCAAGAGACACCACCUACUGUCAAUGAAGUUGAAGGUUUGGAAGGCCAAGAGGAACUGUGCUUCUCUAAUAGCAAUGGUAGCUGCCAAUGGGAACUCUACCAGGGAAACCAGACCAGAAUCCCCACAAAGUACUGCAAUGUUACCCUCUCUACUACUUCUUCAGAGAUUGAGCUGAAUGAGCACAAGAAAGAGGUUGAGCAACAGAUUGUGACAACAAGUGGGGCAAAGAUUGUGGAGAACGUAUACAAGCUGGUUGCAGCUAAGGUUGUGAAGAGAGAUGGACACAAGGUUGAGAUGGUCACGCAGGAGGACACCACUGAGGUUGAGCAGUCACCUUAUGAUAAACUCCCAUUUCCACAGAGGGUCCUCACCAAAGCUCAGAAGAAGGUCAUCUCCAAGUUCAGGAAAGAUCUUAGUGAUGUUGGGGUAAAGCUUCCAGAGAUCUCGGGUAUGCGAGAGGCUCGUGUACAAAUGAUGCUCAUCAAGGACAUUCUAACUCACAAAGAUAAGGUAGCAGAGCUCCUGGACUUCUCUACUCUGCAACUUGACCCACAAGUCCCACCAAAGUCUCUCUCUAAACAAGAACACCAGGGGAUGUUUACCUUGUCUUGCUCCCUUGGUAAGCUCACUUUUGAUGAUGCUCUUGUUGAUUCUGGUGCAAGUGUGAAUGUGAUCUCUAUAGAGAUGGUAAAGACUCUAGGGAUUGAGAGCAUGGAGCCAACCAGAUCUUUACUACAGUUUGGGGAUUCUUCUUCUACAACCCCAAUUGGUAUCAUCGAGGAUUUUCCUAUGAAGAUUGGAGCAUGCACCAUCCCUGUUGACCUCACUGUCCUAAAGAUGGCAACUGCAAAGAGGUUCCCACUCAUCCUUGGCACUCCAUUUCUCACAACUGUAGGAGCUUGCAUAGACUUUGAUAACAAGAAGGUCACACUCCUCAAAGUGAACAAAGCUGUCUCAUAUCCUCUCCAGCCCCUAGAGAUAAAGUCUGUGUAUUGUGGAACAAUCACUUGUGAAGCAUCAUCCAUUGAGAAACCAAAGGCUGAAGUGCUGUAUGUUGAGAAAGAAACUCUUGCUGGAGAGUCCUCUACAGAGAUGUGUGAUGAGCACUUGGAAAGUGCUAAAAAGGAGGAGGUGAGUAGAGCUGCAAAGGCUACUCAUGUCAAGAAGAAGAUGAUGAAAGAACCUCACCCUCCACCUCUUGAUACACUGCCACACACUCUCACUCUUCACCCAAUGAAGCUUAAGGAUGGAGCUAUUGAGUACAAGAUCAGAUGUAAAGGAAAAACUACAUCAUUCUCAAGUGCAAGGGCCAUCAUCACUCAUGAGCUCCAAGAUGAUCCAAUCAAGCUUCAAGAGCUCCUCUCUCAGGUCCUGACCAUCACUCUUAAUAGUGGGAAGGACCCCCCUUCUCCACUCUCCAUUUGA